AUGGCUCUAACCAUCGAAGAAGUCAUUGUGGUGGAAGGGACAACAGGGGUGGUGGAUAAGGUGACAACGGCAGCAGCUAUGGUGUUGGAGGAGUCGAAGGCAACGGUGGUCCUAGUGAGCGGUGGUUAUGGUCGACAUUUGGGUUUGGACUAUACUUGCAACGUCAAACCUAUUUUAAGUGUGAAAAUCCAAACCUAUGCUUUUGGUCAUUGUGAUACACACAACACUUUCAAAGAAGCAUGCUAUGCACUAGGUCUCUUGCAAGACGACAAAGAAUUUAUUGAUGCUAUUCUUGAAGCAAAUCUUCAUUUGUCUGACGAGCAUAUCAUGAACUUGACCCUUGCAAAAAUUGAACACAAGAUGCAAGUUAAUGGAAGGUCUCUUAAAGAGUUUCCAGCAAUGCUCUACCCAUCAUUAGAUCUUUUUCAUGGUUUAAAAGAUCGCUUAUUGUUGGACGAGGUUAAUUUUGAUCGUUCUUUACUUAAGCAGCAGUAUAUGCAAUCUCUAAAGACCAUGACAGAUGAACAACGAUAUGCAUUUGACACCAUUGUUGAUUCCAUAAACAAUGAUCGCGGCGGAUUUUUCUUUCUAUAUGGUUAUGGUGGAACAGGCAAGACAUGUGGUGGGAACAUUGUUCUUAAUGUUGCUUCAAGUGGCAUCACUUCUUUACUACUUCCUAAUGGUUGUACUGCUCACUCAAGAUUCAAAAUACCAUUAAGCAUCAAUGAGGACUCUAUAUGCAACAUAAAACUGGGAACACCUAUUUGUAAACUUAGUUGUAAAGCAAAGCUUAUUAUAUGGGAUGAGGCUCUAAUGUUAAGCAAGUAUUGUUACAAAACUCUUGACAAGUCUUUAAAAGACAUUCUUCACUUUCAGCCAUCGUUUAAUCCAAAUCUUCCAUUUGAUGGCAAAGUUGUUGUACUUGGCGGAGAUUUCAGGCAAAUUCUUCCAGUAAUACCUAUGGGUUCACGGCAAGAUAUUGUGCAAGCAUGCAUUAGUUCAUCUUAUCUAUGGGAUUUUUGCGCAGUCUUAAAGCUUUCAAAAAAUAUGAGGCUUACUGCUGGUGGUAUGGUUGAAGUUGACGAUGAUAUCAAAGCUUUUGCAGAUUAG